AUGGCAGAUUUCAAGCCAGUUUUCACCAAGGACGCUGCUCCUCCAGCAGGACCCUACUCCCAAGCAAUUGUCACCUCCUCCACAGUCUACUGCUCUGGGCAAAUCCCAUGCAAACCCGAUGGAGUAAUAUUCACACGGCCAGAGUACAGCCUGGCCCAGAUGACAGAGCUCUGCAUCCAGAAUAUGAACGCAGUCUUGAAGGCCGCGGGAUCGUCAUUGGAGAAGGUCGUCAAGGUUAAUGUGUACUUGACGAACAUGGAUGAUUUUGCCGAGAUGAAUGGCGUUUAUGAGAAGUUCUUUGCCCAUAAGCCGGCAAGGAGCUGUGUUGCCGUGUACCAGCUACCUAAGGGUGUACCGGUUGAGAUGGAGUGCAUUGCUUUGGCUUGA